CUGCAGCGCGGUUGCCGCUGGCGGCUCUGCCAGCGGAGCGUCCCGCCGCGCUUUGGUCUUGGUUCCCCACCCAGAGCGAGCAUGGCCGGCCUGAUCGGCAGCCUUUUGGACUCCCAACUCGUGGCCCGCUUCCAGCGCCGCUGCGGGCUCUUUCCCCGAGGCGAGGACGACCGAGCUCAGAAGGCGAGGACGGUGGGGAACGGCAGUCGCCCCCUGCCUCCGCGGGGCGCCCGCAAUGGGCAGCGCCCGGACGUUAGUCUGCCAGCCGACUGCGCCACCUGCAACGGCAGCCCCGGUGACGGCUGGAAGGACUGUUCACAAGAUUAUGUUGUAAAAAAUUAUUUCUACUACUACCUGUUCAGAAUUUCUUCUGCAAUGGGCCAAGAAGUUUUCUACAUCACAUUUCUUCCAUUCACUUACUGGAUCAUUAACCCUUGUGUUGCAAGAAGACUGAUAAUUACGUGGCCUAUAGUUAUGUAUAUUGGCCAAGUCAUGAAAGACCUUCUGAAGUGGCCUCGUCCUCAUUCACCACCUGUCAUCAAACUAGAAAAGAAGACCAGUGCAGAAUAUGGAAUGCCAUCCACACACGCAAUGGCAGCCACUGCCAUCUCUUUCACAUUUGUAGCUGUGACUGCAAACCAGUACAAGUAUCCACUUGAACUUGGACUGUUGGGAGCCUUCUUAUUUUCAGGUCUGGUAUGCCUGAGCAGAAUUUACACAGGAAUGCACACAGUGCUAGACGUCAUUGUUGGCAGUCUAAUUUCCUUAUUUUUGACUGCUAUCGCUUGUCCUACCUGGGACAUCGUGGACUGCUUGAUGCUCACCAGCCCCUUCUGUCCAGCAUUCUGCAUCAUUGUGCCCCUCUUCUUAUGCUACAAUUACCCCAAACUAGAUUAUUACAGCCCAACUAGAGCAGAUACCACCACUAUUCUAGGAGCUGCUGCAGGAUCAAUUAUAGGGUUUUGGGUAAAUAAUCACUAUGUUUUAAAUGCUUCGUCUGAAGAUGUCACAUACAGUGUUUCUUCCAUCACUAGUGAAGUUAUCUUGGUAGUGCUUGCAAAAUUUUUAGUGGGGAUUGGUGCAUUAAUGAUCACACGCCAGAUUGCUAAAACUAUAGCUCGUAAAUCAUUAUGUUCUUGGCACAAGGUUUCUAAUAGUGAUGUUGUAGCUAUGCAGCAAAUAAAAAUUGAAGUGCCCUAUAAAUUUAUAACCUAUUCUUCUGUUGGUCUGAGUGCUACAGUGUUUGUGCCACUACUAUAUAUAUUUUUUGGUUUAGAUUGAAUGCUAUGCCUUUGCUUUUUGAAAUUGCCCAGAAUAUGGACUGCAGGUUAAAAAUAUUUGCAGAAGUAAGAGUUGGGGGUGGGGGAGGAUGGAAUGUUGUGCCUUUUGCAUAACUCUAUGACAUCACUAAUAUUGGAGACCUAAAGAUAGGUUCUAGUUAGUCUAGUAUUUAGCUGUAAGAGAGAUGAUCACAGACCAAAAAAGGGGGGGGGAAAUCAGAAUGGCAUCUCA